UGCAAUAAGUUAUGACAGCUAUGGUUCUUGAGCACAAAAUUACAUAGUUUUCUUCUUUGUGAUUGUUGUCUCUCAUUUGAUAACCGUUACAAUCGGCAGUUUCUUGAUUUCCUGAACAGUGUGAUUCAUUAUGAAGCUGGAGGUGCCACAUAACUUUGAAGAUGUUGCUGUUGAGUUUUCAAGUGAAGAGUGGAAGAUGCUGAGUGAACAUGACAAAGAAUUACACAGGGAGGUGAUGGUAGAGAACUAUGAGAACAUGAUUUCUUUAGGUUAUAACAUCCCACUGUAUGAACUUCUGUUACUUAUGAAAAUUGAAAGAAUUCAGUCUGAUGAGACUGAAGGAAAGACAACAUUGCAACAAAGGCAACUUCUGGGUAACAGAACCAGCAUCAGCGGGAAUGGAGAAUUUGGUGUCAUCCAGAGUCUGCAGUCAUCUUAUAGGAAACACAUUAAUGCAGAAUGUGUCAGAUCUCUGCCUGAUGAGAUGCUUGUCAUAAGGCAAGACUCAGUUAAGAUUGAAACCAAACAUAAUAACUGUAGACAAAGUAAAGAGGACUUUGUCAUGAAAACUAAAUUAGAAAAGCAUCUGCAAACUGAUGCAGAGGAAAUGCCAUGCAGCUCACUUAAUCAUAGCAACAGUCUAACAUUUUAUAGUAACAGUGUAACUGAUCAUCUAAGUGACAGUGGGGAAAUGGAAAAGAUUUCCUUACCAGCACAUAUGCAAAAACUUAUUAGGCAGGAUUUGUAUAAAGGUGUUAUGAAUGCCGAAGAUUUUACAGGUAGAAAAAAUGAAACACUGCAGAAGAUCAGUCAUACUGGUCAGAAUCCCUUUACCACACAUGACAAAAGUUUUACACAGAACAAUGACAUGGCAGUACUUCAGGGUGCCCAGGUUUGGCAAAAGUAUCUUCAAAGUAUCCACACUAUCCUAAAACCCUAUAAAUGUACUACAUGUGACAAGAGCUUUGCAUACAAAGGCAGCAUGUUGAAUCAUCAGGUACAGUGUGGGCAGAAGCCGUAUAAAUGUUCCAUGUGUGACAAGAGUUUUGUAAACAAGACUUACAUGGUUAGACAUCAGUAUACCCAUAGUGCAGAAAAAGCAUAUAAAUGUACCAUGUGUGACAAGAGUUUUAUACAGAAGAGCCAACUGGCACUUCAUCAGAAGAUACAUACAGGACAGAAACCAUACAAAUGUGCCACAUGUGACAAAAGUUUUGCAUACAAAAGCAGUAUGGUGACUCAUCAGAAGCUUCACAGUGGGCAGAAACCAUAUAAAUGUACCAUGUGUGACAGAAGAUUUAUACAGAAGAGCAAACUGGAACUUCAUCAAAAGGUGCAUACUGGGCAGAAGCCAUAUAAAUGCACCAUGUGUGACAAGUGUUUUGUGAUGAAGAGUCAACUGGUACUUCAUCAAAAGAUGCACUCUGGGCAAAUACCAUAUAAAUGUACUGUAUGUGGCAAGAGUUUUUUACAGAAGAGUAACUUGGUGACACAUCAAUAUAGCCAUAGUGGGCAAAAGCCUUAUAGUUGUACAAUUUGUGACAAGAGUUUUGCAUAUAAAAAUUUAUUGGUGAUGCAUCAGUAUUCCCAUAGUGGACAGAAGCCAUAUAAAUGCACCAUGUGUGACAAGAGUUUUGUACGGAAGAAUUGCUUGAUGAUACAUCACUAUACACACAGUGGUCAAAAGCCAUAUAAAUGUACCAUGUGUGAUAAGAGUUUUGUAAGGAAGCAUUAUUUGAUGAGACAUAACUAUACCCACAGUGGGCAGAAGCCUUAUAAAUGCACCAUGUGUGACAAGAGUUUUGUGCAGAAAAGUCAACUGGUAUACCACCAGAACACACAUAGUGGGCAGAAGCCAUAUAGAUGCACUAUGUGUGACAAGAGUUUUGCAUCCAGAAGCAGUAUGGUGACUCAUAAGAGGCUGCACUUUGAGCAGACACGGUAUAAAUGCACCAUGUGUGACAAGAGUUUUGUGCAGAAGAGGCAGUUGGUAUACCAUCAAAACAUGCAUACUGGACAGAAACCAUAUAAAUGCACCAUGUGUGACAAGAGUUUUGGAUACAAAAGCAGUAUGGUGACUCAUCAGAGGCUCCACAGUGGGCAGAAGCAGUAUAAAUGCACCAUGUGUGACAACAGUUUUGUGCAGAAGAGGCAACUGAUACUUCAUCAGAACAUGCAUACUGGGUCAGAAUGGAGGGAGACGUCAGCAAGUAAAGGGGAGUAGUAUUGUUGGAACUGGAUUCAUCCUCAAGUCUUGGUGAGUACUUUCAUGUGAUGGACCCUAUUUUUCCCAAAAUCUCACCAAGGUGACACUGAUAUAUAAACUGUAUUUUAUGU